CGCAGUGACUACCCUCCACGAGCUUAUGAAACCUGUUCAAGUCACCUAUAAUAAAGGAACUCUACGUUUGGAAUGGAUGCCACCUAAUUUGGGACAAACAUCUGGCCAUCUCAUCUAUAUCCUAAAUAGCCGAGAUGCAGGUCACCAAUUUGAUGAUUGGUAUACAGAUAUUCAGACUGCAGACACGUGGGUAGAGUACGAGAUGGAUUGGUUUCCAUAUUUCAAGUUUCAGUUCCAGCUCUUGGUUAUCAGUGAAAAUGGAAUUGUGGCUAUUUCAGAAACGGAGAUUCUUGAUAUCAGGCAAUUACAUGCACUUCCAAGUCUACCCAGUGUUCAGGAUGCUCCUUCAAGUACCACCUUUACCUCUGCUGACCCUUUACCUACCACGUCAGCACCAACCGGACCUCCAAGUACCACAUCAGCACCAUCAAGCGCUCCAAGUACUACAGCCAAGCAAACCGACCUCCCAAGUACCACUUUAGCACCAACUGGUCAGUCAAGUUCCAUAGCACAAACUGGUCAUCCAAGCACCGCAGCACCAACAGCUGGUCACCCAAGAACCCCGACAGCACCAACUGUCACUCCAAGUGUCCCUGCAGCACUUGUUGAUCCAAUUAACAUCUCCGUGACAGCAGGGCGAAACGGCAGCACCAUCUAUGUUUUUGUCCACUGGCAGCAGAUGUCUGCAGAACCCACUGACUACAGUAUCUUCUGGGGCCUGGAGAGCUGCAAUGGUUGCACUGCCACGUCUGCAUCUGACUACUAUGCCACACAUGUUACUGAUGUUAUGGAAGGGCUCGCUGAGUUCAGGCUGAUAGCAGAAUGGACAUUUAAUUCGAAGUACUGGUUGCAAAUUGAACGCACAUCAACCGGAUCGUUUUCCCCAAGGAUUUCCUUUUACACCCCCGAGUGUGACAUUACCGAUUCUACCUUCACCGUGUGUCGCCAUUCUGAGGAGGAGGAGGAGGAAGAUUAUAAUGCUGACCACAUCAGUACAGAGGAAACCAAACCCAGUCACGUGAUCGUCGUUAUAUGCGUGGCGGUCAGUGUUGUAGUGGUCAUCGUCAACGUCAUCAUUUGCAUUAGAUGUCACUGGAAACGUACAAGGGUCAUCGAGAGAAGAGCCAGUGCUAUGGGCAAAAACAUUAACAACGGCCCAGGCUUGUAUUCUGAUGACCAGCUGGUUUCAGUGCAGGACAAAUGGGAACUUGACCCCAUGUGUCUGACCUUUGGUCACCAGUUGGGACAAGGGACAUUUGGCAAGGUGCUCGUUGGGUCAUGUGACGGCAAGAAAGUUGCCAUCAAAAUGGCGAAAAGUAAUGUCCCGUCUUCCUACAAAGCAGACCUACUUGCAAAGGUCUGCCUGAUGAAGAAGAUAGGUAACCAUCCCAACAUCGUCUCUAUGAUCGGGACCUGUACACUGAGAGAACCAGUGGCCUUGGUAAUGGAGUAUAUGCCUCAUGGAAACCUACAACAUUUUCUAAGAUGCUGUCGUUUUGAAGGUCAGCUUAGAAUGGAAGGCCCCAAACAUAAAGUCAUUGAAUACCCAAUGGUGAAUGAAGAGGGCAGCAUUGAACAAGACACGCUCACUGCCAAGCAGCUGCUCUCAUUUGCACAUCAGAUUGCUCUGGCUAUGGAAUAUCUGUCCAGCAAAGGAUUUGUUCACCGUGACCUGGCUGCCCGUAACGUCCUGGUUGGAGCAGAUAAAGUGGUCAAGCUCAGCAACUUUGGACUGUCGAGGGAUCCCAACAAUGACCUGGAGCACAGUAAUGACCCUGCAAGGAAGUGGAUGUCCCCCGAAAGCUUGAAGGACCGCACGCAUACUGUGCAGAGCGACGUGUGGUCAUUUGGAAUCCUCCUUUGGGAGAUCGUCACAUUUGGUGCAACCCCCUAUCCAGACAUUGCUGUAACAGAGCUAGCCACCAAACUGGACCAGGGAACAAGACUCAAGAGCCCCAAGAACUGCUCUACGGAACUGUAUAUUCUGAUGCUGCAGUGCUGGCACAAACUCCCCGAGAAGAGACCCAGUUUUACCAGCAUCCGGCUUGAAUUGGAAGCCAUGAUGAGCCAAGACUGCGACUUCUUAGAACUUGAAAACCUCGUGGAGCCGAUAUCAGAGGAAGGAAGAAGCGGCCCAGUCCAUGACAGCACGUUAGAAAAGAGGGAAAUGUUGGAAACAAGGGAGCAUGAAGAGACUGAGGGGAUAUACGAAGAAGUGGAGGAGGAUUACGCCCAAGAGCCACGCUUCACAAGAAAAAGAAGCUUGAAGAAAACUCUCUCCCAGUUAUCAAACAUACUGGAUUCGACUAAACUGUCCAAGAAGAGUAGUGUGAAUAGCCGUAAAUCCGGCGGGUCCAGUGUCAGCUCCAGUAGACUGUCCAUGAAAGGCAGUAUCCGCCGGAAGUCAGACAAGCACCAACGUUCUCUGGAGAACCUGAUAGUGGAUGAAAUACUUGAAAGUGGAAGCGAGAGUAGCAGUGAGACACAGCUGGAUGUGCUGAAUGAAGAGGUCUUUUGAGCUUUUACGUAAUUUUUUUUUUCAUUUUUGGUGAUCAACGCCGUAUGACGUUUUAAAGCUGUAUGUUUUUAUAGUUCUAUUGACAUUUUUGUUGGCCUGUGACUUACAGUGCGUAAUGCCAAUUUUGUAAACGACUCUCUUGUUUGCAAGCAAUCAUGCCAAUUCAAGAUAUAUCUGAAAAAUUAAUGACAAGAGAUAAAGUAUUUUCAUUUGAAAUUUCAUUAAUAUCAAGUUUAGCAUAAUAACUGGUUUUUUGUGUAACUUUAAGCAGCCAUCUUGUUUUGACAGAUGUAUAUUUAAGUAUUUUUAAGUUUCAGAAUUUUAAAUGAGUAGCUCCAUUUUUUAUCAUCUGCGACUUCUGACAUAAACAAUACAAAUUUAUGAGUAGCCACAACUACAAAAAGUGUUAUUGUACUAAUACCAACAGCUUUACUGUUAGUUACCUCAUAGCGACAUGUGAUGUACGUGUAUCAAUUAUCAUUAUAUACAUGUAUAUAUUUCU